AAUUUUUAUUUCAAUAAACAGAAAAUUAUUUAAUUGCGAAAGAAACUGCAUUUCGUGUAAUUUUGUUAAAAUUUAAUUAAUUAUGGAACAUAUUAAUACAUCAACAACAAUACGCCAGCUUCAGCAACAUCAACAAUUGCAACAACAUCUUCAAGAGCAGCAGCAACAACAUGAACAUCAACAGCAAUUUUGCCUCAGAUGGCAUAAUCAUCAGACAAGUUUAUUAAGCACAUUGCCAAUUUUACUGGAUCAAUCUCAUCUCACAGACGUCACAAUAUCAGCAGAAGGUCGCUCACUGCGGGCACAUCGUGUGGUGCUGAGUGCGUGCAGCACUUUUUUUCUGGAAUUAUUUCGUACACUUGACACAACAAAUCAUCCUGUCAUAAUAAUUCCUGGCGCAACAUUUGCGGCCAUUGUGGCAUUAUUAACUUUCAUGUAUUCUGGUGAAGUGAAUGUAUAUGAAGAGCAAAUACCAAUAUUACUAAAUUUGGCUGAAACAUUAGGAAUAAAAGGAUUAGCCGACGUGCAAAACAAUUUGCAGAAGUCGUCGAAACGUCAAACAGACUACGCCGACCUUUUACGAAAAGAAGAACAAUGUGAAUCUCCAUUAACUCCACCCACGCCGCCAAUUUCAAGCAACUGCUCUACAACGCAAAUACCAUUAGCACCUACACCUUCCUCACACACACUUGCCACACCACUGUUAACAAACAAAAUACCUACUCCAUUGGAGAGUUUCUUUUUGAAAUCUUUACAAUUUUACCCAAAUUUAUUGACGCAACCAUUAAAUUUCUCACAAAACGCUUUGAAUAAAACAACAGAAUUGCUUGCAAAAUAUCAACAACAGUGCGGUCUGUAUCAAAACGCCCUGGGUAUGCCUUCCAAAGAUAUCUUAUCCAAUUUCAUUUGUGAUGAUCAAACGAAAUCAAUAAACGAAGAUACUUUCGGUAUCAAACGAAUUUACAGUGGAGAAAAAAAAUCAAUUUUGCCACAUGUCCAGAACUAUACAGACCAGCAACAGAAAGACAUUAAACGCAUUGACAAAAUAGUGGAAAACUUACGUAGCAAGACGCCAAUAAAUGAUAGUACCGCACUCACAACUUCCUUAAGUACACAACCACACUUACCACAUAACUUACCGCAACUGUCUAUAAAAACAACAACAACUAGCCAUUUUGAUACAACUCCUGUACAUUCACCACAUUCAAACAACAAAUCUUCUAUUUAUGGCGCCAUGGUAGCACCACAGCACCAAUUACAACAGCCGCCAACAUUUGCACAGUCCACAGCGUAUGCUGCAUUGGCAGAUAAUCAUAUGAAGUUGCAUCCUCAAUUGGAUCAAUUCGGCACCUGCAACCGAAACGAUACACCUAACACCAAUAAAACACCGGAGGCAACUAGUUCCAAGCCCGAUACAAGUCCGAACCCGUCAUUUCCGGAAAAACUGACGGCACCCACGACACCAAGUAGUCCACAAGCCAAAUCACAAUCCAAUUCGAAGCUGUAUGCCACGUGUUUCAUAUGUCACAAACAGCUGAGCAACCAAUACAAUCUGCGUGUGCAUUUGGAGACACAUCAGAACGUAAGAUAUGCCUGCAAUGUCUGCUCGCAUGUCUCCCGCAGUAAAGAUGCAUUGCGCAAGCAUGUGUCCUAUCGUCACCCAGGUGCACCAUCGCCAUGUGAAACAGAAGCACGCAGAAAGCGAGCAACGAAACUUCUUAACACCACAUCUCCUACACCGUCACCAAUACCAGUUACAACAAGUGGCACCGGAACCAACACAACAUCUACCAGUUCAAGCAAUACGUCCACCAAUAAUGCAACGUUUCAACAGGUUUCCAGUGAAUUGAACAAUGACGCUCAACUAGCUGCAGCUGCACAGCUUAGCUCCGCUUAUAUGUUUCUGCCAAAUCAGUUUCACUUAGCAGCUGUAGCGGCUGCAGCUGCACAACAACAACAACAACAACAACAAAAUUUAAAAAUCCCAAUAGAAAAUUCCGAUAUUGUGUCUAUUAAAGCCACCACUCCCGGUAUAACAGCGACCACGAGUUCAGCAAUUGUAGCUCCAAUGGAUUUCGGAAUGACUUCAGUAACAUCAGCAACAGCACAAAUGACAACAACGCCUAAUGCGGCAAUGGCUACGGACGCCAGUUCGUCUUCAUUUCAGAUCGCUAAUGUCCUUAAUAUAAAAUCGGAACAAAAUCCGAACACACAAGGCAAUGCAAAUAAUGGAACUGCACCUAAUCCUUCUAGUCCUGCUAUAUAAAAAAAAAUUAUUUAUAUUAUUAUUUAGAUUUGAUUAUUUUUUUUUUGGAUUUGUUAUUAGAUUUAAUUGUUUUUAUUUUUGUUAUUGUAGUUUAGUGUAAAUCUCUUCUUCCCAACACAAUUCCCGGCUGUGAUAUUUAGUCAAUUUGGACUCAUUUUCUACUUUUAGUUUAGUUUUCGUAUUAGUAAUAAAUUUUUAUACAAAUUUAAUGCCAUAUCA